AUGGUCAAGUACACACUGGAAAAGUACGGUGGCGAUCCAUCUCGCAUCUUCGUGACUGGAUCGUCCUCCGGGGCUAUGAUGACCCAAACACUAGUCGCUGCCUACCCGGACAUCUUCUCUGCGGGCGCCGCCUUCUCUGGCCUGCCAUACGGAUGCCUCAAGGGCUCACCGGGCUCGAGUCCCUUCUCCUCGGACCCGGCCUGUGCUGCCGGCGAGGUGAUCAAGACCGGUCAAGAAUGGGCCGCGCUCGUCGGCCAGGCCUAUCCCGGCUGGAACGGAGAAUACCCGAAAUUGCAGGUGUGGCAUGGCACGGCGGACACCGUCAUUUCACAUCAAAACUUGGAAGAAGAGCAGAAGCAGUGGUCGAGCGUGUUUGGGGUAUCUCUCAGUCAGAACGUUAGCGACACGCCGCUGUCCGGAUACACCCAGUAUGUUUAUGGCGACGGCACACAGUUUGUAGCCUAUUCUGCCAAAGGAGUGGGCCAUGUUGUACCAACACAGGUGGACUCGAUCUUGGAAUGGUUCGGCAUCAUCUGA